AUGGAGAUAGUGUUGGUAACUUUUGAAAACCGUGGUGCUACUGCCAUUGUGAGCGGAGGCAAUGCCAGUGGAGGGUGCGCGAGCUUUCUGAAUCUCCCCCAAGCACCUUUUGCACAGUCUCGGCUGAACGAGGUAUACGGCAAAGAGAUGAACUAUUGCAACAGCCUGCAACAGGACUCUUGGAAAGUGAACAACAUGAAUAAUUCUUGCAGCAGCAGCGAGAAUGCCAUGGAUGCUCUGCUGAGGGCUGAUCACAGCCCUCAUCUUUUAGAUGAAGACAUCUUGGAUAUGGACGGUGAGAACAGCGAACGGGUAUUAAUUAACAUUGCUGGACUCAGGUUCGAAACUCAACUGGGAACCCUGAACCAGUUCCCAGACACUUUGCUCGGGGACCCCCAUAAAAGGGUAAAGUACUUUGACCCCCUCAGAAACGAGUACUUUUUCGACCGGAAUCGGCCCAGUUUUGAUGGUAUACUUUAUUUUUAUCAAUCAGGUGGGAAAAUAAGGAGACCUGUGAACGUCUCCAUAGAUAUAUUUGCGGAUGAGAUCCGUUUUUACGAGCUGGGGGAAGAAGCAAUGGAGAAGUUCAGGGAGGACGAGGGAUUUAUUAAGGAGGAAGAGAGACCUAUGCCUACAAAAAGUGGCUUCCAGAAACAGGUAUGGCUCAUCUUCGAGUACCCGGAGAGCUCCAAUCCAGCACGGGGGAUCGCCAUUGUAUCUGUUCUGGUGAUCGUCAUAUCCAUUAUAACCUUUUGUUUGGAAACGCUGCCAGAGUUUCGAGAUGAGAGAGAGCUACCACUGUCUGUCAGUGGAGCUAAUAGUACCCAGGCUCUGCCACCGAGUAGCACGUCAGACCCUUUCUUUAUAGUAGAGACUACCUGUGUGAUUUGGUUCACAUUUGAGCUUACUGUAAGGUUUUUUGCCUGUCCCAGUAAAUCGGCGUUUUCCAAAAACAUGAUGAACAUAAUAGAUAUUAUGGCUAUCAUCCCCUAUUUUAUCACCCUGGGCACAGAACUAGCAGAGCAACAAGGCAACAACGGGCAACAGGCGUUGUCACUGUCGAUCCUAAGAGUAAUUCGUCUGGUCAGAGUGUUUAGGAUCUUUAAGCUAUCAAGACACUCCAAAGGGCUGCAGAUUCUGGGUCAGACACUGAAAGCCAGUAUGAGGGAGCUUGGCCUUUUAAUCUUUUUUUUGUUUAUCGGUGUCAUUCUGUUCUCCAGCGGUGUUUACUUUGCAGAGGCAGAUGAGCCCGAGUCCCAUUUCUCCAGCAUCCCUGAUGCGUUCUGGUGGGCUGUGGUAACCAUGACGACCGUAGGCUAUGGAGAUAUGCGACCCAUUACUGUCGGAGGGAAAAUUGUAGGCUCUCUGUGUGCUAUUGCCGGCGUGUUGACCAUUGCAUUGCCAGUACCUGUCAUUGUGUCCAACUUCAAUUACUUCUAUCACAGAGAGACUGACCAGGAAGAGCACGCUUCUCUUAAGGAAGAGCCAAACAGUGGCCAGGAAAGCCCUUGUAGUGACUUGAAGAGGAGCCGCAGCAACGCAUCUCUUAACAAUUCUACAGAGCAACUCGAAAUCAGUGAUGGGGUCAACAAUGGACGGUCAAUGGAAAAAGCAAGCCUCAAAGCAAAUAGCAACAUGGACCUUAAAAGGUCUCUUUAUGCGCUUUGCUUAGACACAAGUAGAACCACAGACCUGUAAAUCAAAGUGCGUGUUGGGUUAGGUACAGUAGAUAUCAAUACUAAUAUAGACAGCGUUUGCUGUUGAGAGCUUUCUUUUGUAUAUCGAAAAAGCCCAUAUAAACUACAUAUAGGCCCAUGCAUAUAUAUAUUUUUAGUAUUUGCGCAGAGAUCGAUCAGCACAUUUAUUCCCAUAAAUGUCGUGUGUAGACUUUUUAACAUAAACUACUUAAAGAUUUGUAAUGUAUUACGUUUACAGUACAGAUAACCGAAAGUAAGUAUUCAAUACUGUUACUAUACUGUUUUUGUGAUGUUGAGUACAGUACAUUGUGGUGGUAUUAAAAAAAAAACAGGAUUUUAAAAUUAACUUUAUAUUUUGUAACAGAUGGAAAAAACAACAAUGUAAUACUAUAUUUUAGAUACCCAUGGUUUGAUUGUGAAAGAAAUACAGAUUAAUUUUUUCAUUCUUUAAACAAAUCCAAACUAUUAACUGGGCCAGGAAUACAUAGCACGCAUAUCAAAAAAAGAAGAAAAAUGGUUUUAAUUUUGAACAAGGAACAAUGUUUUUUAUGUUUAAUGUGUGGAAUUUGGUGCUGUGAGUUUAAAACGGGAACAUCAUCAAUUGUUUCUUAAUCGUUUCAUCAUGUUUAUGUUUGAGCCUUAAUUUUAUUAUUGAAUAUUAGGAACACAAAUCUAUGUAUUUGUGAAUAUCUCGUUAUAUGAGAACUACCGCAUGUGGGUCCAAAAGCCCAGUGUUGCUAUUCUCUUUUGACAUCCAACUACUUCAUAUCCAAAGAAGCCGCUACUUGCAGCUGCAGAGUUUCUACAGCCUUCUCUAUAUUUAACAAUGUACUCAUGAACGUUGUGUUUAUUUUAAAGGGUUUUCGAGAAGAACCAUAACAGAUCGUGUCGUUUUUAUGUUGCAGUAUUUUUUUUAAUACUGUAUCGAUCUGUGGCAGAAAAGUGUAACACGUGUUUCAGGAACAUUCAAAACUCUAAUGGAUUUUUUGUUUGUGUUUGCAAACCGAUAUUCUGAACAAUGUAAAGAAACGCAUCAUGCAACAGUUAGCCUUGCAAAAACACCCCGCAGCAGAUCCAUAUAUGUUUGAAAUACAAAUUACUUUUCUGUCAGAUUCACCGGGUCUGAGUUGUAUCCUUUUAAUGGCAAUGACAUAAGAACGUGCUAAGAAAGUUAUCAGUAACAUCUCCCAGCGUUUUCAAUGAGAAAUCUAUUGACAAUUGACUGCGUUAAAGAACAGAGGGAAUCUGCCAUCAUUUACCGAAGAUAGCCAACGAAAACAUUUGCAGACCAGGAGGUCAGUUGAUGGAGUAAAAUAAGGAAGCAAAACCCACGAGAAGAGCCCCGGUGCCUGCUGGCAAAGAAGAAAGAAUUCUGUGUCUUGAAAAUCCAACACUGAAGCCAGAGACUCACCCAUCGAUGAAUAAGACAACACCAACACAACAAAGAACGCUUUGAUAGGACGUCCCCAGUACGUAAAACAGGAUUUGUGCCUAAAGAAGACUUGGUUCAUCUAGCAAAUGUCAAGAAUUCCCUUCGUCAAAACAAUCGCAGCUCUUUUUGUGUAUAACUGUUAUUUUUAGCUUGUUUCUUCAAACCUGUGCCU